CAUCUCCAGCUGCUGCAGACCGAAAACUGGCAAAAAGGGAAGAUCGCGAGGACGAGCCAGAAUAGCUCUCUGUAUUCAUUGUGCUUGAAGAAAAAAAAAAAGGGAUCCCAGCCGUGGCCCCUCGCCGGAGAGAAGCCCGCGGCAGCAGCUUGUUGCUCGGUCUGCAGGCGUCCAGGCUGUCGGCGGCUCGGAGCGAGUUUAUCAGUUUCUUUCAAAGAAAACUGUCCUGACUGGACCAGCUAACACCCGAGGCAUGUUUUGCUAAAGAAACACCUAUGCAGGUGGAUUCUGUACUAAUGAAUGUAGGGGAUGGAGGCACAGUGAGCAGAGAGAUCAGUGCUCCGAAUAAAACAUCCACUAAUAUGGUGGGAAAUCCCCCCCAGACGCUACCCCCUGAAUUUAGAGGAGAUGUGAACCUCAGUCAGCAAAACAAGACUACUCCCACAAAAGACUGUAAGACAGUAAAAGCCUGUCUGGACUCUAGCAACUGCAACCAUAACCCUGACCUUUCUCUGCCUCAACAGCCUAAUAAUGCACCAAUGUCCAACUCAGUUGUCACCAGCUCAGAGAAGAAAACCGACAAAAGGGCAGACACCCCUAAAGUCAGAGUUGACGGUGCCGGGGUUUUCUCCGCUCCUCAGUGGUCGAGCAGUGUAAAAGCCAGCCGAGAGGACUCUCUCAACCCUUGUCACAGCAACGUGACAUCCAGUAAGAAAUCCCAUCCGCAAACACAACCUCUGCAAAGCGUUCCUUCGGGGUUUCAGUGCUCCGCCAUGUUUAAGCCAGCCCAGCCCAUUGCCUUUCUUCCUUCCACUAGUUUUUCUCCUCAGCUCUGUAAAAUUACUCUUCCACCAGCAUUAGGACAAAUUGCAGCUUUGAGAGAAGCCACGGGCGGUCAGUUUCAAAAAGAAAUUCAGMCUCAAAGCUCCAGUGUUGGAGGGGCAGCUCUCAUGCGGACUUAUCCCUAUUCGCUGUCUGUGAGCCGGACCCUUGACAAAAAAGCAGGCGGAUCGACCGUAAAGCUCAAAUCCAACCAYUCGUCUAACAAGAAUGCCAAACCACAUGGAGAGCACAAGUCUUUAGCCUCUGUGGUGGCCUCACCAGCUAUUGCACUACCAUUGCAGCAUCCAUCGUUAACUUCAGUGGCACCCACACACUACACCUUGUCGCCCACUGCUGCCAUUUGCUGUGGCUCUGCGCUGGCCAGCAUCACCUCUCAGAGCAGAUUCCUGAACCAYGUGGAGAAAGCCAACAGCGUAGACAAAACAGCCAUUGGCUCCCUAAACCCGAUGCCCUCUUCUGCUGCUGAGGACAGCACCGUCUGCUCAUCUGAGCUGAGAGACGUACCCCUCGACUUGUCUUCUAAAUCAAAACGUCCAAAAUGCAAAACAGAUGGUCCGGUUUCUAUGAUGGAACCUCAUAACGAGUCUAAUCAGAGAGAUUUUCUGAAUGCAAAGAAGACUCACUCCACAGCCUUCAGCUCAACCGUGCAAUAUCCUGUCUUACCAAAUUCUCACCGAAAUGGAUCUCAUCAAAAGCAGUUAAAUAGGACUCAGAACCACCAGGUCCAGGAUCUCAAACCAACAUGGGCUAAAGGAUCUUCACAAGACUCUAUUAAAAGUAUCCCUGGUACAUAUGUAGGCGUGGCUAGCCCUAUACUGGCUUCUACUCUAAGGGGCAAAGAUGGAAAAGGGACCUUUGCYGAUGAAUUUCAGAGUUUUGCGAAGCAAGAGUUUAUAUCAAUUAUCGACCAAGGAGAACAUCUGGUCUCAGGAGGAAAAAAGCCAUCCUGUCCGAUGAAAAGUAACCAACACUCUCACAGUGGUAAGCAUGUAAAAAAUACCAGCACAACCAUAACUAAGAACUGCCCUCUGAAAGGAGCGCUGACAACUCCCCCGUUAAGCUCUGCCAACGCUCAGAGUCAUCAGAAAUCUGGUCCCGGCAAAACAACAMUGCCGUACUCCACCGCCGUCRUCAGUCCAGCUUGGCAGCAGCCAUCUAAUCUGUCCCAACAACCCUCAGCUGUUCAGCGAAAACCCACACAAGGAUCUCCAAAGACYAAGAGUACUGCAGUCUCAGAGGGAUGCAAGUUUCACAGCGCCCAUCAUAACCCAUCAAAAYCCGAGGAUAACAAGUGGGAGAAAAUGAAAUCCCCCCUCUCUAACCUGGCAUCGAUUGUAAAGCAGCAAGUUCUCGAAACGACCUCACUCGCUGGCGAGAGUAGCAUUCAAGGCUCGCCUGGUGCGUUGAGAAAAGCUGAUGUUUCAAAUCCACUUAUCCAAGACACUCAAUCGAAACAUACUCCUGCCUUUGAACACCYGUCAUACUGGCCUGUGGAAAAAUGGCCCAGUGUCCCGUCUCAAGAGGAACUGACUCAAGUUAUGAAAAAACAGGAGAAAACGAACACCGCUGAAACGUUGGAGAAUAACACCGCUGUGCACUCCGCUCAAGAYGAGCAUCUGGGACCGCAGGCGAAGCAAUGUUCCUCCAAGCCUACUGCCCAGUCUCUUCUCUUUGGGGGCGAUGCAUCAAUGAACGGGAACAGGGCGGAAAGCAAAUUAGCCCAGGUGUUGGAGGGGGAGAUAUCGAAGAGWGAAAGUGGGACAUCGGACAGCCCUCCCAGUGAAAAAUUGGAGGGCACGGUGGCAUCCAUUCUAACUGGCCAUUGUGCGAGCAGAGGAGGCAAAAUUGAGAAAAAACCUAACGAAACCAAAGAGGAGUCGCCAACCAAAGCAAAAGCUGCUUCUAGYAAACAAAAGAAGAGCAGUCCUAAGAAGCCUGCAAAGGAGAAGUCACCAACAGAGCCUUUAAAAAAGGCAGCAGGGAAGAAAAAACAAGAAACAGAAAAUACUCCAGAAAAAGCCUCUUUCAAUAAAAAGCAGAAGAAACAAUCUGCACCUGCGCUGAAGCAGAGUCUGUCAGCGGGAAAACUUUCCCCGCAGAGCAAGGAGCCAACUCCAAAGGACAAGAUCCGUCUCAAUGAGGCCGAACAGCCGACCCGCAACGAUGCAGUUACAGAAAGCGACAGCAGUGCUCCGACUGAAAGGACUUCAGAGUUUCUCAGUGACAUGGCCGUGUCCGGGAAAGAAGCAGAUGCAACAGAAUCCUCUUUUCCCAGACUGAGACGAGGACGGAGGCGAGCCGAUGACGCUCGGCUCGACCUCUGGGGCUUCGCAACCCCUUCUCCUCCGCCUCCAUCCAUGCCUCCCCCGGCGGUUUCCCCACCCCUGGCACCGACUCCCAGCCAGCCGGCCCGCCGACCAAGAGGACGGCCUCGAUCGAACGCUCCGCAGGACCGCAAGAGCAAGGCAGCCGGAGCCGAGGCCGACACCCCUCCUCACAAGAAGCGCCGGAGAUGUUCCAGUAAGAAGUACGAGACGGGCGAAUACAUUACAGAGAAAGACAAGCUGGAAGACGGAGAGCAGCUCGAAGAGCCGCUGAGACACGACACUGAGACACCUCCAGAUCUGCAGGCAGACCAGUGUCAGAGUCCAGCUGCACCCAGCCCAGAAACCCCUCCACAGAGAUUCUCGUUCACCCGCUCAGGUUCGGUCCGCUACCAGGAGAGCGAGGAGUCUCCCGAGUUCAACAGCAAGCCUUCAGGGAAGAGAAAGUUCAAAAGCAAACACCUAAGUGACAGUGAUGAACCGAAGAGUAAAACCAAGCGCAGCAGUUUGGGGAAGCGUGGCGCCUCCCUACCUCCGGACGAUGAUGCUGCCGAUGUAAAAACAGAACCUACCCCACCAGCCGCUCAGAAAAGUUUACCAUCUUCUCCGUCCAACAAGAGAGGCUCAUCAGGAAGAAGCAGCGGUUUAGACUCUACCCCAAAAAGACCCGUUCCUCCUGAGGUCCGUCGGCUGAUUGUCAAUAAAAAUGCCGGAGAGACUUUGCUCCAACGAGCGGCUCGCCUGGGCUAUCAGGACGUGGUCCAGUACUGUCUGGAGAAAGACAUCAGGGAGGUCAACCGCCGCGACAACGCAGGUUACACCGCUCUGCACGAGGCGUCGUCGCGAGGCUGGACUCAGAUUGUCCAGAUGCUUCUGAAACACGGUGCAGACGUGAACUGCAGCGCUCAGGACGGGACACGGCCUCUUCACGACGCAGUGGCCAGUGAUAACCUGCCCAUCGUCUGGCUGCUCCUGAACCACGGCGCAGACCCCACUCUGGCCACUUACUCGGGCCACACGCCGGUCAAGCUGGCCCACAGUCCCAGCAUGAAGACCUUCCUCACAGAGUAUUUCACAGACCUGGAAGGCCGCAGAGACCAGGAUCCUGGUUCACCCUGGGAUUUCUACAGCAGCUCCCUUUUCGAGACGGAGCAGGAACCGUUCUGGGACUUCCUGCUGUCCGAGGAGAACCAGGAGACGGAGGAGAAUGGAACCAUCAAGACUGAGCAGGACUCGGAGAAAGACUGCCUUCUGUUUGAGUUCUCCUCCGAGCCUCUGUUACCCUGCUACCAUGUUCAGGUGUCGUUAACACAGGGUUUUUGUAACUGGUUCCUCCUGGCCGACGUCCUGAAGCGUCUGAAGAUGUCAGCACGGAUCUUCCGGGCCCGCUACCCGCACUUCGAGGUGGUGAGUUUGUCCCAAGCUGAGCUCUGGAGGCAGGUUUCCAUCAGCCAGGUGAACUCUACUUUAGCUUCUCCACAAAGAGGCAAAAAUGAGGAGGAGGAGGAGGAGGAAGAGGAGGAUGACGAAGAAGAAGAGGGUCUCGUGGAACUGGUUUGUUGUGUACCGGAGCUCCAGAGACUACUGGGCUCCUCCAUUCACAUCCUACAAGAGGAUGAGGAUGAAGAGGAGGAGGAGGAGGAGGAGAAACUAACUUCAACAGGGAAUCCUCGGAGCCGAUAGCCCCUCAGAAACUCCUCCAGCUCUUAAGAAGCUUCUCCGUCCGUCGUAACGAGGGUCAGGGGACAUCACAGACUCCACACUCCACCUUGGACCUCAGACACGGGACACGCACAGAGGUGGCAGCUUUCAGGUUCCUAUUAUAGGUCUAUUUCAGUAUAUGAGAAGCUUUUUUUAUUGAUUAUGUCUGUACAUUGUAGUGUAUAUGUAUAUCUUGCCAUCAGGGUCAAACACUUGUUUAUAUAAAGAAGUUCUUGUGGCAAGGAGCCGGUCAUUUUAGGACUUUUUCUUUUUGUUGGUUUUGUUUUAAGUUUGCUCCUGAAGGGAAGUGACUUUAUUUCUGACAGGAGAUAAUCCGAGGCUUUUUAUCUCGGUGAAUCCGCGUGUGAAGCUAAGACGCUAAGGUCAGGGAGGCCCGCGACCCAGACGGCUCCUCUAUGAACCUGGGAUAUCUGCAGUGAUGAAACCGCAGCACAUCUUCACACCCUGCUCCCCUCUGAUCACCGCCAGACGUGUUUAAUAACUUACACGUUUUGUUUUCAUCCUCCACGUUUCACGGAGUCCGUCUGGGCCGAGCUAAGGCRUCCCUGUUCCUGCUCGCAGUAUGAAAUGUUGCUUUGGACCUUAAGAGAUUGUUUACAGACACUCCUCAUGAACUUGAAUCCUGUGGAUCUCGAGACGCCCUCCGAACUGCAGCCCCCACAACAAAGUGUUCCCAGAUCCCAGAGUGCUUUGUGUCGCAGUGUUUUCUUUACACUGUUUGUUGUGCUUAAUUUAAUAGUCAUUAAUAUAUUUGACCUCUCGUGUAUCUGACCUUAUGUAUGAAAAAAAUGCUUUUUAUGGUUGGUGCUUCAUUCUAAAUUGUACUUACUAGGAUCCCUUUAUUCUGAGAUUUUCCUCCCUUCUUCAAAACCAGUAUUUCAAAAACAAACAGCUAAAGUACAGUUUUAUUGUACUGGUGCUAACAUAGAGUUUUGUGUUGACAAUCAAUGAAGUUUUGCUUUGAAGUCACAAACUGAUAAAAGAUAUUUAAGAGACUUAAGGUGUAAAGAAAAGUUUAGUUUAGUUAAAGUAAACGGGACGCAGCUCAGAAACUGUGUGAGAUCAUGACAGAGGCUUCUAUUUGAUUCUUUUAUAAGAAAUCAAACAGAAUAAAGCAUGAUUGUAAAUCAUAGCUUUUAUCAUCUUGUGUCCGAUUAUUUAAAUGUUUAUGCGUUCAGGGUUUCAUUUUUUUUUGUUUGUUUGUUUUCAGCUUUUAUUUGACACAAUGUUUAAUUUACAGCAGCUCCUACUGAACACUAUUUUUGAUUUUAUAAAAAAAUUGUCCCAGAACAAAAAUAAAAGGAAAGGGGGUUUUGUCGAUGGGUUUUGACUCAGAAUCACUUCCCAGUUUGAGCUGUGACGUUUUGGACACCAAGGUUUUAAAAAAAAUAAAAUAAAACUACCAUAAUCUU